AUGGGUUGUUGGCAACGGGUUGAGAUUAUUGGAUUGAAGGCUGUCGAAAAGACCGAUGAAUAUUAUUGUCGUGUUCGCUUCCUCGAUUCUGGUGGUACGGAUAUACGCUUGUUGUCGAGUGUUAUUGAAAUUUAUCCAGUGUAA